AAGGUCACACAGCAGGUAGAUGAUAGAGCGGGGAUUAAAAGCCAUUCUCAUUCCCGGGUCUGAGCUCGCGACUUGCCCAAGGUCACACAGCGGGUAAAUGAUAGAGCGGGGAUUAAAAGCCAUUCUCAUUCCCGGGUCUGAGCUCUUUCCUCUAGGCUGUGCUGCUUCUUAAAUGACGGGGAGUUAUGUGACUACAGUCCUUGCAGAUAUUUGCUAAUGGAACAGACACCUAGGAGUCGGGAAUGGUUUCUGUGCAGGCAGGUGAACUGAGGGAGAUGAACAGCGUGACUAGUUCGCAGCUAGCCUAGCGCUUAAUUCGGUGCUUGGUACAUAGGUAGAACUUAACCAAUACCACAAAACCCCCCAAAAUCUGAGAUUUCCCUCCAACCCAAAGAUUUCCUCCUCCUCUGCGCACUUUUCUCUGGAUGAUUAUUCUCGUCCCUAAUUGCAUCUACUUCUCUUUUCUAAAUGUCCUUGGGCGGUCCGUGUCAAUUCCCAGAAAAUGACCAACGUCACCCUGAAGACAGAAUUCCUGCCGCUGGGAUUCUCGGAGGUCCGGGAGCUGCGGCCGGUCCAGGCCGCGCCGUUCCUCCCGGUCUACCCGGCGGCCCCGACGGGGAACCUCCUCGUCGUCGCCGUCACCGCCCUCGACCGCCGCCUCCGCGCCCCCGUGUACUUCUUCCUCGGGAACCCGUCCGUCCUCGACCUCUGCCUCGUCUCCGUCAUCGUCCCCAAGUCCGUCCACGACUCCCUGACCGACAAUAACUCCAUCUCUUUCCUAGGCUGCAUCGUUCAGCUCUUUCUGUGGAUCUUGUUUGCGGGUUCUGAGUAUUUCAUCCUCACGGCCAUGUCCUACGACCGCUACGCCGCCGUCUGCCUCCCCCUGAGCUACGGGGUCGUCAUGGACCGAGCGGCCUGCGGGAAGAUGGCCGCCGCCUCCUGGCUCGGCGGAGGACUGAUCGGGGUCUUGUUUUCAGCUUCGACCUUCUCCCUGUCCUUCUGCGGGACCAACGUCGUCCCCCAGUUUUUCUGUGACGUCCCCGCUCCGCUGAAGAUCACCUGCUCCGAGGACCACGUCGCCACGGACGUGAGCAUGGCCACAGGGGUAGCCUUAGCCGUCGUCUGCUUCGUGCUCAUCGUCGUCUCCUACGUCCACAUCUUCUGGGCCGUGCUGAGGAUGCCGGCCGCCGAGGGCCGGGCCGGAGCCUUCUCCACCUGCCUGCCCCGCCUCGUCGUCGUCAUUGCUUUUUUCUCUAUGGGGACUUUUGCCUACCUCAAACCGCCCUCGGACUCCCCCUCGACGCCGGACCCGCUGGCGUCCGCGUUCUACACCGUGGUGCCCCCCGCCCUCAACCCCCUCAUCUACAGCCUGAGGAAUAAAGAUGUGAAAUCUGCCCUGGGGAGGAUCCUAAAGGGUACACUCUCCCGACUCCCUCUCUGGCGUAAAAUAUCUCUGCCUCCAUGCCAAUGAUCCCGGCUGUUGUCAGGGGGAUCGUUCACGGAUCGGUCCGGAUUUACAGCCGUCCUCCGGGUCUAAAGACAGAGUCCCGACAGGGAAGGUUUUCCGACGGGUGCUGCUCUGGCUGAGAAGGCCCUUUUCGGGAUCGAGAGACCUUUCCUUGAUCCCUGUUAGAUCUGCACGGGAGAAAUGCUAGGUAGCCCUGUAGACUGUAAGCGUCACGUGGGCAGGGAGCAC